CAGGAAGCGUCCUCACAGCGGCGCAGUGACAGCUCAGCUGGCUGCAGUCAGUCAGUGAGAGGUGUGACAGCGACAAACCGCUGGCUUUCUCCUUUAAAACAACACUGAACAAAAACAAACUCGGGAAUGAAAGUACCACAACUGGACUGAUGCUGCUGUGGAUUUGUAGGUGUCUACGAGGGUGAUUCGCGGUGUCGGUUUUGGAGCAUCACUGGGGAAGAUGUCACUGACACCAGUUGAACCAGAGAGCCACACUCAUGUGCUGGCAGAGUUUGACUGCCUCGAUCCACUUCUGUCUGCUCUACGCUUAGACUCUGGCAGGCUCAAGUGCACAUGUUUAUCAGUGUCGAGGAAAUGGCUGGCAUUAGGAACAUCAGCAGGGGGCUUACACCUGAUUCAGAAGGAGGGCUGGAAACAAAGGAUCAUCCUCACUCACAAGGAGGGAUCCAUCACUCAGGUGGCAUGUUGCCCUCACGAUGAAGAUUUUAUUGCUGUUGCAACAAGUCAGGGUCUGGUGGUGGUGUGGGAGCUGCAGCUGGAGCGGCGGGGCCGACCAGAAAGAGUCAGUGUGUCCUGGGAACACAAAGGUCAGGCCAUCACUGCUCUCUGCUGGGACACAAGCACACUCAGAGUUUUUGUUGGUGACUCUGGAGGCAAAGUGUCCUUUCUGCGUGCAGGAUCCACCAAACUGCGCAAGGGUUCAGCAUUCGUAAUGUUCCCUGUGCAGACCAUCACCACUGUUGACUCCAAAGUGGUUCAGCUUGGCUACCAAGAUGGCCGCCUGCUCGUGUCUUCGCUCAGCCGCUGCUACCUCUGUGACACAGAGAGGGAGAAGUUUUGGCGAGUUGGGAAUAAGGAGCGUGAUGGGGAGUACGGAGCCUGUUUUUUCCCUCAGAAUAAGGGAUUAUUAGUUGGUCAGCCACCCCUGCUGUACUGUGCCCGCCCAGGGUCUCGAAUAUGGGAGGCCAGUUUUCAUGGUGAAGUUCUGAGCACGCAUCAGUUCAAACAGCUGCUAGGCUGUCCUCCUCUACCUCUCAUCACGUUUAGAAAUGAUCCUCAUUACAACCCAGUGCAGAAGAGUCCACAGUCACUUGUCUUUCCUAAACUGCUUUAUUUGGGAGACCAAAACCUGCUGACCUGGACAGAUUCAGCCAUUUAUAUUUUCACACCUCAGAAUGGACAGCUGCUUCUGUGGACUGAGGUCAAAGACUUGGUUGACAUCUCGGUCUACCGCAGCGAGCUCUUCUGUCUCCAUGGCAGUGGACGUCUGUCCCACCUCUCCCUGUUAUCUGCAGAGCGGUGUGUUGAGCGUCUCCUGCGUAGGGAGUCCUGGCUUCUGGCUGCUGCCGUCUGCAGUAUGUUUCAGAACGCAAUCAUCAUCAGCAGGGCCAGGAAAUCCAUUCCUAUUGACCGCCUUGAACAUCUCAGGUCCCAGCUCAACUCCACCACACACCCAGAGCUGAUUGGUCAGCUGGAGGAUGUCAUUGCUAAGCUAGAGCCUCUGGAUUCCGCCUCUAGCAGCCGUAGAAGCAGCAUCUCCUCACACGAGAGCUUCAACGUUCUCGAUUGUGGAAUUUACCGCGUGAUCAGCCGCAGAGGAAGUCAGUCAGAUGAGGAGACGAGCUCACUCAUCAAUCACUCCAUGUCAGAGGAGGAGAGGCUCAAAGAGUUCAGUUUUGUCCAGGAUGAAGAUCAGGUGGAUCAAGAUCCACAGAGCACUGAGCGCCACGAUGCUGAGCGAUCAGAGCAAGGAAUGCACUUCCACCUCCCGCUCUCAUUCCGCCCCAAACCUCCUCGCAUAGCACUGCAGGCCGUCAAAGACAGUGUUUCCAGUUUUGUUAAGAAAACAACGGAGAAGAUCAACACCCUCCAGAUGAACUCUGAACUCUGGCAGCGCCCUGAAUCGAGAGAAGGAGGACACCCUGAAGUGUCCGCAGCCACAUAUUCAGAAGAAAUGGAGAAUGAAGUUUAUGAUGAAAUGCCUAACGCAGAGGCCGACAUGCAGGAACUUCGAUCAGCAACAGAGCGAACUAUAUCCCAGAUCCAGGACCCUUUGGUGCUACUAGAUCCAGUCUGCCUCGGAGAAACACUGCUGGAGUGGCUGCCGGUGCUGGAGCGAGUACUCGGACCUGCAGACCUGGGCUCAGCUGCCGCCAGUGACUCAAACAUUGAUGGACCAGGAGAGAAGCGAUGGGAGAUAGAUUAUCUGAACCCCUGCACAGAGCAGCCAGAGCAGUCCUCCUGCUCACCUGAGCGUCUUACAGAGAAUAAAGAGGAGUCGCCUGAGCUCAGACAACAAGAGGAGCCGUGUGAAUCCACGAAGAUGAAGUCUGACGUUUCAAAUGGAAACCUUUCAGAGCCUGUGCGAGUUGUGUCCCCCAAACCUGUACCAUCAGACCUCCUGGCUACUCUCACCCAGCUGGCCACAUUAUACACGGAGAUGAGCUGCUUCAAAAAACAGGAGAAUGAACUUACUUUGGGAUGCACAAUUUUUCUGCGCCGUUACUUCUUUCUGCUGGAUCAAGAGCGUGUGAGAAGAAUGUGUCUGUUAUGUUACCAGGAGCGGGCCGAGGCGCAGCACUCCUUCAUGGAGGCCAUACUAGAACUCACUCAGUCCUCUAAGGUGGUGGAGGUUAUUCAGAAAGGUGAUUUGCUGAGAUCACUGCGCAGUCUGAGAGAGCUGCAGCCCUGGAGCGCACCGCUACUCCUCGCUCACUUACACAGGCUGUAUGAGAAGCAUGGAGAGGCGGCCGUACGCUCGUUUUCCCAGUUUUAUCCCACAAUUACUCCUGCUGACGUGAUGAACAUGGCUCAGCAAAGCCACUUCCUGGCCUACCUUGAUAAUCUUGUCCUGUCACAAACUGAGGAGCACAGGUUGUCAUUUUUGCAAUCCCUACUUGAGCCAGAGUCACUGAGACAGGAUUGGCUGCAGCUUGCACUUACCCAUGAUGCUCCUCAAUGCUGUGAUACAGUUACCCCUGAUGGACAGCCCAGGUGGCAUUCACAUUGUUUCAGCUGGGGUUACGGACGCCUCCUGUCUCUGCUGAUUCGUCUCCCUGCAGACGUGUCCUCCAAACAGAAGAUGGCUGACGCAUGCCGCAGUCACGGGUACUGGACAGGCUACCUGCACCUCUGCUGUGAGCUGCAGCGUCACACAGACGCCUUCUCCACCAUCUGUCAGCUGGAUGACAUCAGCCUGCUGGAGGAACCUGAGGGAGUUGAGCCCCAGUCCUUGGAUGAGUGGAAGCUCUUGAUCCGCUUGUCUCAGCAGUGCAGCAGUGUGGUCGACACAGAGCAGACCCCAGGUGUAAACGGGGGCAGCUGGUCAAACGGCUCAGCGGGCUGUGGAGGGAAGAUCACUUUGGAGAACCUGACCCUGAUGCUGGCUCGGAAAGUUGGACCCGACCGAGCGGUGACCACCCUGGAGGAAUGCGGUGUGCCGUUGGUCCUUUCCCCUCAAUCCAAACUGGUCUGUGAGCUCCUCAGAGUCACUGAGAAGAGACAGAGGGCGAUGAUCCAGAUGAUGCUCGAGCGCUGUGAUCGGUUCCUGUGGUCUCAGCACGCCUGACUCCAGAUCAGCAGCUUCUCUAAACCAAACAAGAUCAACUUAUACUGUAUUAUUUAGGGUAAGGGUUAGCCCUUGAGGCUUAAUUUGUGCACUGUGAUAUUGAUCAAAAGCUUCCUAAUUCAAAUGAAAGUACUUCUAGUAUUAACUUAUAUUUAAUUCCAGUUGCCUGACAUUUUCAACCAAUGUGUUGUCUUGUCAAAUUAUUGUUCAAUAUGUACAUGUCAAAUAUGUUAUGUCCUGCUGUGAAAAAAAAGAACUGUAAAUAAUUAAGUGUUCCAAACCAGAUAAUAUAAUAUGAAUAAAACUGUAAUGUGAAGCAUCA